UGGAUAUACAGGAAGCACACUCUUUUCGGGUAUCGCAAAGUGGACAACGAGUUUUUCUCCAUGCUUAUAGCACAAGGACAGUGGGUGGAUAAUAUGGUCUUGGAAAUGCUCGCAAUCUUGAUGUGGCACAAGAACGGUCAACAAAUGAUAGCAAACCGAUGCGUUGUUUUGGACUCCUUCCUGCUUUAUGAGCUUACUAAGCGUGCUGUCAGCUUCAGGAAUUGUAGAAAUAAGCUUGGGUUCAAAUGGGGCGACCAGCUAUACGACAUGGCCAAUGGAAUACACAUACACCGUGAACCUAGUCUUAGGUGGUUCAAGGAUGUCGACGUGGUAUAUGCUCCGAUGAACUGGAAAGGUGAUCAUUGGGUUGGGUUGGCAAUCCACCUAAGAGCCCGGAAUAUAGUUGUCUAUGACGCUCUCAUAGAACACACGCGGGAGUCUGUUGCAUGGUCAAAGAUGCAGCCUGUCUGCGAGAUGAUGCCGUACCUAGUGAGAGCGAUGUGCGCGGAUGUAUUGCCUGCGAAGUACUCAGUUGAACCUUUUGCCUAUGAGAGAAAUGUUAUGGCUUAUCAGUAA